AUGGGGUCCCCGGGGGAGCCAGCCGCCCUGAGCCUGCUGGACGAGUGUGCCCGCGGCUUCAUGGUGUCCCAGGUUCUCUUCGCUGCCUGCGAGCUGGGCGUGUUCGACGUUCUCGCCGAGGCCCCUCAGGCCCUGGACGCGGAGGCCGUGGCCACGCGCCUGGGCACCAGCUCCCGGGGGACCGAGCUGCUGCUGGACACCUGUGUGACCCUGAAGGUCCUGCGGCUGGAAGCCGGAGGAGGAAAAGCUCUCUACGGAAACACAGAGCUCUCCAGCACCUACCUGGUCCGCUCCAGCCCCAGGUCCCAGUGCAACAUGCUGCUCUACUUGGCCAGGACGACCUACCUGUGCUGGGCGCACCUGGCGCAGGCCGUGAGAGACGGGAAGAACCAGUAUCCGGCGGCCUUCGGGGUUCCCUCGGACGAGCUGUUCACAGCGAUCUACAGGUCCGAGGGCGAGCGGCUGCAGUUCAUGCGGGCACUGCAGGACGUCUGGAGCGUGCACGGGAGGCGCGUGCUGGCCGCCUUCGACCUGUCGCCCUUCCGCCGCAUCUGUGACCUCGGCGGCUGCUCCGGGGCGCUGGCCAAGGAGUGCGCCUCUCUGUACGCCGGCUGCCAGGUAACCAUUUUCGACCUCCCAGACGUGGUCCAGGCCGCGAGGAAGCACUUCCUGUUCCUGGAGGAAGAACGCAUCGGCUUCCACGAAGGAGAUUUCUUCCGAGACCCCCUUCCGGACGCGGAUCUGUACAUCCUGGCCAGGGUCCUGCACGACUGGUCCGACGAGGCGUGCUCGCGCCUGCUGGCGCGGAUCCAUCAGGCCUGCGGGCCGGGGGGUGGCGUCCUGAUUGUCGAAGCGCUCCUGGACGCAGACGGGAGGGGACCUCUGACCGCGCAGCUGUACUCGCUGAACAUGCUGGUGCAGACCGAGGGCCGGGAGCGGACCCCCACCCAGUACCGCACGCUCCUGGCGGCUGCCGGCUUCUCGGACGUCCGGUGCCAGAGGGCCCAGGGCCUGUACGGCGCCAUCCUGGCCCGCAAGAGCGCUUUCAACAACGGAGAGAUGGUGACUCUCUACGGGGUGGAGGGCUUCCUGGGCAUUGUCAGGUAUUGA